AUGUAUAAUAUAGCUAUUGGAACGCCUAAGCAGCUAUUGGAACCAUUUCCCAAAGUUGGCAGAUGGGAUAGUGAGAGAGAGUAUAAAACACUGACAGCAGCUUGUUUCGCAUGUGUCAUAGUCAUCAGUACAAAUAUAUUUAUUAUACAAAAAUUUAUUAAACAUUUACCAACAGCUGUGCUUGCUAUUUUGGAAAUAGUCCUAGUUUUGUCAAUUUUAUUAGCACUUAUUCUCGCUGCCAUUCUCAAACGACGAGAUUUGUUGAGCGUCUAUAUGGUUUCUGCGUUUAUAUAUUCUCAAUAUCGUGUCAUAAUCGCUGUUACUGCUGUUUUGAUUGCUAUAUUCCCACAAACUUAUUUAUUAGCACUUUCAAGUCAGCAAUAUAGCAGGUCACAAGGUCCAUUAUGCUGUGAAAAUAUAUUAUUUGCAGUGCAGAUAGUAUGGAUAUCAGUUUGUUUUGCAAGCAUCCUAGUAUGGACAGUGCAAAUGUUAUCAGUAUACCUUGCUAUCACGUAUCGUUCUUAUUUACCACGAUCUAAGAGACAGAAAAGAGCAUCAGAAGCAGUUCCUAAGAAGAAACAAAGUGAAAGUGUAAUGGCAUCAAAUGUGGUGGAACAGCAUCUACAACCAGUUCUCGACCAUCAAUUAAAACCACUAUCCAAAAGAGAGUCACAACCAGUUUCUAAGGAAAAUCUACAACAAGUUCCCGAAGGUGGAUCACUGCAACCACUCUUCGCAAAAAAUCAGCAGCCGGUUUCAUUUCUAUCAACGGAUGGUCGAACUAAGGACCAAGCGAAAGAACAGCACUAA